AAUGCAUAGAGUCUGCAUUGUGGCUGAGGUAAAGUGGUAUUAUUGUGGUAUAAUUAUCACUGGUAAUGAAGGUAGAUGAGUAGUAGCACAUUACAUGUCACUUCUUUGGCUUUAAGUUAAAUAUAUGUUGAACAGUAGAACCGCCCAUGCUGUCACACGACCACAGUGUUGUUGUGAAGACGGAAGUGAGAGGAGGACUUCCCUCUGGACAAUUCUUCAUUUGGAAACAGUUAAUGUAAUACACCACCACCUGCUCAGUCAUGACUACUGCGUACAAAAACAGAAUACAGGAAUUCAAAGUAGCGUUGAGUGAAGAGAACAUCAAUCUGAAGACGCUGAGGGAGCUGUGCUUCAGCGGAAUCCCGUUUGAAGGAGGCAUACGAGCCCUUUGUUGGAAAAUCCUUCUCAACUAUCUACCUCUCGAUCAGACAUUAUGGGAGUCUUUCCUCAAAAAGCAGAGGGAGGUGUACACCCAGUUCCUAAGAGAGAUGAUCAUCCAGCCUGGCAUCGCCAAAGCCAACAUGGGUCUUUCCAGAGAAGAUGUGACGAUGGAGGACCAUCCGCUAAAUCCGAACCCAGACAGCAGGUGGAACAACUACUUCAAAGACAAUGAAAUUCUGCUCCAAAUUGACAAGGAUGUGAGGCGGCUGUACCCAGACAUGGCGUUCUUCCAGCGCCCCACUCAGUACCCCUGCCAGCUGAUCCUGGACCCUCAGAACGAUUACGAGACGCUCCGGAGACGAGUGGAACAAACCACGCUGAAAUCACAGACCGUCAACCGAAACCGCAGUGGAGUCACCAACGUCAGCUCUCCAGGGAAGUCCUUGAACCUUUACCCCUCUAACGAGUACGAGGUGCUGCCCAGCGGGAGUGAGGCUCACUGGGAGGUGGUGGAGAGAAUCCUCUUCAUUUACGCCAAACUCAACCCGGGCAUCGCCUACGUGCAAGGCAUGAAUGAGGUCGUUGGGCCGAUCUACUACACCUUCGCCACGGACCCCAACAGCCAGUGGAAAGAGCACGCUGAAGCAGAUACGUUCUUCUGUUUCACCAACCUGAUGUCAGAGAAUAGAGAUAACUUCAUCAAGAGCCUGGACGACUCUCAGUGCGGCAUCACGUACAAGAUGGAGAGCGUGUACUCCAUGCUGCGAGAGAGAGACCUGGAGCUCUACCUCAAGCUGGAGGAGCAAAACAUCAAACCUCAGUACUUCACUUUCCGCUGGUUGACCUUGCUGCUGUCUCAGGAGUUCCUCCUGCCCGACGUCAUCCGGAUCUGGGACACGUUGUUCUCCGACCAGGACAGAUUCCACCUCCUCAUCCUGGUCUGCUGCGCCAUGUUAAUACUCAUCAGAGAUAACUUACUGGCUGGAGACUUCACGGUGAACAUGAGACUCCUGCAGGAUUACCCCAUCUCAGACGUCAACACCAUCCUGAUUAAGGCCAAAGAUCUGCGGGAUACUUCCUAACCAGUUUUCUAACGUGGAAGGUGAGAGUUCGAACAUUACGAAUCAUUGUCGUGUCAAACGUGUUGUUGGAGGACUUAUGAUGGGUUCGUACAGACGGGAAACCCAGCAUUCGUUUUUUUUUUUACCUUGAUGUCUUAUGAUUGGUCAGUGGGGACUGCUGUGAAAACAUUUAAGGGACGAGCUGAAUUUUUUUCUGAAGUGAGGAGGAGAUGCCACCUGCUUCCUGAUGCAUUAUGGGAAGAAAAAAAGCAGGUGUUCCUCCUCCAAUCACAGCCAUGGACCCUCUUCAGAUCACGAUGCUUUUACUGAACUGAAUCUGAGGGACAGGAGCUCCGUUACACUACAGAUCCAGUUUGAAAACCGAAUGUUGAACACCUCAUCCAGGAGUUCCCCACGCAGAAGUUUCACCGAGCAAAAGUGCAUGUUUGUUCUUUGAGAGAUGUGUUUUUUAUUUCGUUUUUAUUGUAAGCAACUUCUCUGUGUAAUUAUGUGAAAACAGGAGACGGUGUUUCUGUGUUCAUUUCUUUCAGGGUAAAAUAAAUCUGAAGUGAUGGGCCUGGCCUGGUAAAUACUUCAUAGUAAUCUCCUUAAAACCCAUUAUUCCUUCAGUGUUAUGUCUAAACACAAUGCCUUUGUUCCAUUGGGAAUGUAAUGUGAUGCAUUUCCUUGUAAAAUCACAUUAUUUAGAGAGAAGGGCAAGAAUCUGUGGCGCUGCUUCACACCGAACAUGAUUUACAAACCUGGCUUUACAAGGAUUAGUAUUGUAAUAAAGCAUUACAACCAUUUAUUCUAUAUAUUGAACACAGUGCAAUACUGAUACCACAGUUAUACUUGUUAUGUCACUUGAGAAACAUAACCAUGUUUUCCUAUAAUAAUUACCGAAGGAGUCGAUGUGUUAAGAGACCUCAAAGAAGAUGUGUGCCUCAAAGAAGUGUUGAAUCAACAAAACACUCCGAUUUAAAUCUGAAGAGAGAAGAUUAGCAUUCUGACCUCAAUGCCAGCUGCCCAUGAGUAACGGCUUUAACCCCCUGUGGUGAGGAGUUAUCCGGUCAGCAACACAAAAGAGAUGGAAAACCCAAUAUCAAACUUUAAUUUAGUGUAGAAGGGAAAGACAUAUUUGGUGGCUAACAAAUACCAUAAAAUGUGGUCGGUUGCAUAAAACACUUCACACUUGCACGUGAGAAGACUAAAGCUACAUUAUUCUAUUUUCCCUUUGCAAUAAUAAACAUUAUUUUCUAAUAA